GUGCUGGUUCUUGUAACAGCAUUUGAACUUUUUGUUCUCUUCGGGUCUUUGCCCUUCGUCUCCUCCUUUUGAGCUUGAUCGCUCCAUAAACUCCCCAAGAUGAUACCCCGAAUACAGCAUCGAUUCUCCCUUGAAAUGACCGACUGUGCAAUAUCUGUCCUCCUACUGUCCCAUUGACUCACGUAUCAACAUAUCGAUCACCUACACUUCGUAUCUUCCCAGCGCCAUUAGCGGAGAAGUGAACGACGCAACUUUCUGAUCAAACCCUCAUCCCGGAGAGUAUUCGAUGUCGGUCUUUACCUUCGACCCCGACCCGCCCCGGGUUGCCUCUCCAUGGUUGCGGUCGGGGGAAACCGGCAAGUCGCCGACCCCAGUGCCAGAGCGGAAGGGACCUGUGGGCUUUGGGCUCCUUUCCGACUAUGGGGUUACGAAGCUCGAACCCGAGCCACAAGAUGGCCCGACCGAGUAUAAGCUUCACUUGCUGUUGAGACCGCGGAGGAAGUAUGAGCGAGUUAGCACAGCGACUCGCAUCUGCGGGUCUACCCAGUCACGGCCAAACCCCGAUUUUAGGACGAUGAAGCCGGCCCCGGUCAGCCCCGGACCCUCCGUCACAUCGACUCAGACACGCCAGGACCGCCUUGAACAUCUCACCACCCAACUUUUGUGGAGGCUGCAGCAAUCAUGUCCCUACCAUGCCGGCGCCGCGUCUCCGGGGUUAGUCAUCCCCCAGCUGCCCGACGAAAGCGCCCUCAAUGCGCCAGUCAAGGUGGGCAAGGUGUUGCCCGGCCUGGAGGCAUCGAGGGGAGCGCUGUACGAGAUCGGUGUGGCGGACGAUGGAACGCUCGCGGGGUUAACUGAAAACGAGAUGCACGAGAGUCUCACCACCCUCCGCAUCAUGGCCGCCAGUUUGGGUUGCAAUGUGGAAGUGCUCCGGAUGUUGGCCGUCGGGGAUUGCGAAUGGGUUGAACCGAGCGGCACCGAAAGUUCCGCAGGCUCGGAAUCCGAGGACGUGCCGCACCAGGCGAAGUUAUGGGUUGCCGAAGCUUUGGUCACGCCGGAUUUGCGGCCCAGGGAUGACGCGCAGUCGCCCGCCGCGGGAUCGCCAGGAGCGGCGCGGCAGGCCGAGGCCUUACCAGACCCAAAGCAAGGGCCGCUCACCACCAACCAAUUGCGUGUUACGCUUACAGGGCCGACGACAUCGGGAAAGUCUACUCUUUUGGGCACUCUCUCGAGCGGAACUCUAGACAAUGGACGUGGGAAAGGCCGGCUUGGUCUCCUCAAACACCUCCAUGAAGUGGCGUCUGGCAUCACGUCCUCCGUCACGCAGGAGCUCGUGGGCUAUAGCGACGAUGAGAUUAUCAACUACGCUCACAGCGGGGUCGAGUCUUGGAUCGAUAUCCACGACUUCACCAGGGAUGGCCGGCUGCUUUACAUGCUCGAUUCUGCAGGCCACCCGCGCUACCGACGGACCAUUCUCCGAGGCAUCGUUGGCUGGGCACCCCACUGGACUCUCCUCUGCAUCGCAGCCGACAGUGCUGAGCUUACUUCAGCUGCGGGCGCCACAUCCAGUUCCCUGGAUGUGUUGGGCCCUACUGGUGCGGGCGUUGAUCUCGCGUCCGCCCAUCUGGAUCUCUGUUUGCGGCUUGGCCUCCCCCUGGUUGUCGUCAUUACCAAGCUGGACCUAGCAAACAAGUCCAGUCUGUCCACCACCCUUAGCAAAAUUCUUUCGAGCCUGAAGAGGGCUGGCCGUGUACCCAAAAUGGUCAAAGGGGGAUCAGCAGGCGACUCUGACCCAACUCUCGUAGCCGAGCUCGACAAAGCAGCCGUCAAGGACGCGCUAGAUAGUAUGAAGGCGAGAGAAGACCCCUCUUCCAUCGUCCCCAUCCUCCUGACCAGCGCCGUUGAUGGCCGGGGAGUCGGUACACUACACGCCCUACUUCAGGGUCUGCCGCCGCCUCAAACGCCUACCUCUUUCGAUUACAUCGGCGCAGCCCUGAACCCCGAGCAACCCGCUUGCCUCUUCCACAUCGAAGACAAAUUCAGCCUCCCCGCCUCCUACGCCCUCGCCACCAGCGACGCAGACCAACAAACCGACCUCGGCACCGUGGUGGCCGGAUACCUCCGCUUCGGCACCCUCUCCAUCGGCGACAAGAUCGUCGUCGGGCCCUUCCCGCCCGACGACGACGACUCCCACGGCGCCACCCCGGACGAGCGCGGCGUGCUGCCCCACAGCUACGGCCUCUCGCCCUCGCACCUCUCCCCGUCUCACCCGUCCUCCGGAGAGCUCAGCCGCGCCGCCUCCCGCAACGCCGUCUCCGCCUCGGCCACCAGCGGCGAGUGGCACACCGCCACCAUCGUCAGCAUCCGCAACCUGCGUCUGCCCGUCCAGACCCUCGCCGCGGGGCAGGUCGGCUCCAUCGGCAUGGUGUUUGAGCAGCAGCCGCCGGCGGCGGCAUCGACUGGUCAGGAGAAUGGCGGCGUCGGCGUCGGCGUGGGCGUCACGGUCGCCACCACUAAUGGUGCUACCAAGACCCCCAGGCUGCGCAAGGGCAUGGUCCUGGCCGUGCCGAGCCAGCACAUGGUCGCGUCCGGCCUGUCGCUGCAGGCUGUCAGCGGGUUAACGGCGACGUUUGAUGCGGACAACGGCGGGGUCGGCGCGCUGACCGUGGGCGCCUUGGUCAAUGUUUAUGUGGCGAGUGUGCGGUCUGCUGCGCGCGUCGUGCGUGUGUCGAAGGUCGAUGCGCAGAAUGGUGGUGGUGGGGGGAACACGGUGGCGGACGAUGUUGAGGAUGGGUUGUUCGGGCUUGCGGAGGAUUUGGAAGUCGAGAGUGCCCUGGCGCUGGAUGCGGCCGCGGCCGCGGCGGAUGGGAGUGUCGAGGUGCAGUUGGAGUUGCUGUCGACGAGGGAAUGGGUUGAGCUGGGUUCGCAGAUUCUGGUGCUUGAGGGUGGGAGGCAGGAUAGGUCUGGGCUGGAGGGGUUUGUCGGGAAGGUUGUUGAGAUUGUGGAAUGAGGCUGGCGAGCGAGGGUUGUAGUUAUUUUUUUCCUGUAUGUUUGUUAGUGUUUCCUCU